CCUUUGACCUUUGGACGCAGAGAGUAGACAAAAUGUUGAAGUUGGGUUUAGUUUUGUUUCUAUGCGGCGCCGUGGCUAACGCCGCCUACGAGGGGCCGGGAAGCAAGGAAAAUCUCCACCAAACAUUGAUGGUGCGAUGUCAGCAGUUUCGAGCACUCGUUUUUGAAAAAAGACUUAUGUCAGAGCACGAUCGUGAUGGUUUGGCACAUUGUGAGGCGAUCGUGGUGGCCUUCCUCGGUGCAUUCAAGGACAAGGGACCAUGUGACGUCACACCCAGCAGCUAUGAUAAAGUCAUCAAGAUGACCAUGAAAUCACUUGGGUCGGACAAGGUGACGUUAUGGAGCGGUGUGAACUAUCCAAUCCAAUAUCUGAAGGAGUUUGCAAAGGCAAUUGGCCUGUAUGCUCUGGAGACUGGAACAUUUUUAGGUUACAUGGGAGAUGGACUUGUCUUCUGUGGUCAGAAAGGAGGCGAAGGAAUCAACUACGAGAACUGCCCAAGGUGGGGCGAGUGUGAAAAUGGCGGAGACGCCGUGGGAAACUUCUGGAAAUCUAUCUCAAAAGCGUUUGCCUCUACUGCUGAAGGCAAAGUGAAAAUUCUGAUGAUGGGCUCUGGGAAAGAGGGUUGGCACGCAUACAGACCGGGAAGUGUGCUCGGCUCAGUUGAGCUCCCAAUGAUCUUCACCACCUCCCGGGUCAAGUCCUUGGAACCUCUGCUGGUACACGAACCAGGCAAACCUAUCACGGAUAACUGUGGUACAGGAAGUAUGGAGGAGAUGGAGCAUCUAAUCAAACAACACGGCAUCGGCUACACGUGUACAAAUAACCCACCUGCGCUGCAAGCGGUCAUCUGCAAGCACUAUCCCGGUGUCCCAUCAUGCCAAGAGAGUAAGGAGUGGAAUAACUCCGUAGAAGAGGAAGGACGCAAUGGGUAUGCAAUUCACGAAUCCAACUCGAACGGGGAGGGAUUUCGGUAUUACUAAAAAAUCCCGUAGAGGCUCUUAAAAAACGUAGUCGUUAACGGAAAACGUUAGCUUGCAAAACCUCACUACUGUUAUAUAUUUUUCUCCCGAUAACAUUAUUGACAAAACAAAUUCUGAUGUACCCGGGAAGGAUUACCAGCAAUAAAUUAUAGUCCAACAAUA